AUGUCUCUCGUAGGGCUCUACAACGGGGUGCUGCUCUUCAGCAACCCGUCCUGGAACGGCGCCAGCACCGUCCCUGCGUCGUUGAUACGAAACAUUACAGAUGUCGCCCAGGAUCUUGGCUACGAGCAGCACCUCAGAAAGAACCUCACCACCCUCUCCACCAACGGAGCCCAGACCCUCAACGGCGUCAUACAAGGCCUCCUCUACGUCCCUGACAUCUCCACCGUCGCCUCGUGCAACUCUCAGCAGUACGACUUCAUCCCCCACAACGUCACUCGCCGGGCCCAGCUUCCGCCCGCAAACUACAACCUCAUUGCCCUCGCCCCCUGGUUCAGCAUAGAUUGCGUCCAGGCCUACCUCGCCGCCGCCCGUUUGGAUCCCAUUCGCGGCUUCAUCUUCUACAAACCAAACAACUCUACAGAUAAACCUCAAGGUCCCGACUCCGCAGUAUGGAAUCUCGACGACGGCGGCGCCUGGAAGGAAUCCAGGUUCCCCAUCUUUGCCAUCCCCGGUAUCGAGGGCCAGCAGAUGAUGCAUCAGCUGAGCCUCUAUUCCGGAACUGCCGACACCGUUCCUCACGGCGCAGAAAUCAUGCAGCGUUAUGGCACAAGCCAAACAGAUUACGUCAGGAUCUGGGCGCAACUCACCAUGAAGGGCAGCGCGAGCCUGCCCUCGCUAUGGGUCUAUUUUCUCAUUGUCAUUGGCGCUCUCCUCUUCAUCGUCGCCUCCGUCUCCCUCACCAUGCAUUUCAUCCAGCGCCGCCGCCGCACUUCUUUGCGCAAGCGCGUCGAGUCUGGCGAAGUUGAUCUUGAGGCCAUGGGCAUCAAGCGCUUAACCGUCCCCGCUUCCCAUGUUAAGGAUUUUGCACUAUUUACUUACACUAGCCAACCCGAACUUGCUUACGACCUGUCCACACCCACGUCCGAAGACCCGUCCACUAUGCGGUCCAACAAGGGCAAAAAGAAGCGCAGAAGCGACCGCCAUAGCAACUCAUCCGCCACCGUCAUCUCAGACAGCGUCCAGACGUUGCGCAGUCAGCGCUCCGCCGUGACCGGAAAAGCCAAUACAACCGCCACAAACUUCCAGCCUCAGUGCCACAUUUGCCUUGUCGAGUUUGAAGAUCGCCACAGCGUCAUCCGCGAAUUGCCUUGCCAUCACAUCUUCCACCCCAUAUGCAUCGACGAGUUCCUUCUGCGCAAUAGCUCCCUCUGCCCAAUGUGCAAGCAAUGCAUGCUCCCACCAGGCUACAGCCCAAAGAUUACCAACGCCAUGGUCCGUCGCGAGCGCGCCCUGCGCAAGCUACGAGAACGGGUCGAAUUUGACGAUUCUUCUAUCGAGUCUGGCGAUGCCAAGUUUAAGGGCUGGGGCAAGCCGGGUUGGGGAAAGCGCUUUUUCCAUUCGUCGUCCUCUUCUGAAGAGAGCCAGGAUAUCCAACUCGAGAAGCGACAAGCAUCGCCGCCCGAACGACCCAGUGGAGACGAAUCUCCCGGAAGGAGUGGAAAUGGAAGCGAUGACAGUGCUGGAAGUGGAAGCCCGAUGGCUGCUGCGACAACAAACACGCCGACACCAGCAGCCGCGGCGGCGCCGCCUCCGCCACAACCUUCCGUUACGCAACCAGCUGCCUCUGCCCCGCCUCCGAAGAAAACGCGCGCGCGAAAGUCGAAAGCCCGACCCCUCCACGUACUGCCCACACAGCCCGAAGGUUCAGAGCUUCGAACAGGUUUCGCUGGCUUUGUUGGUCGCAGCAGUCCGUCCUCGUUUGCGCGUGAGCGCAUGCGAGAGAUUGCCAACCAAAACGCGCCAUUUGACGACCCCGAUCAAUCACGUCCCAAAUGGCGCCGCGCAGUCACCAAGGUCUUUCCAGGAUUAUGA